GUGGGCAGCAUGGUGGCAUUCCAAUGCCAGCCGGGUCACCUGCUCCAGGGCUCCACCACCCGGCUCUGCCAGGCUGACCUUACCUGGAGCGGCUCCCAGCCAGAGUGCAUCCGUGAGUCACAUCACACUCCCUACUGCAGUGGCUCUGAUGACGUCAUGUGUAUCAGAGGGUAUAGCCACAGCAGUUGUUGUGACUGGGCAUCGUAGAGGGACAGUAGGGGGGUGGUUCUCACACCUCUCCUGGGGACCCACAGACAUUUUUCACAAUUUUGUUGUAGCCCUGAACUAACUCACCUGAUUCACCUGGUCAAAGGUUUGAAGAUUAGUUGACAAGUUGAAUCAGGAGUGCUAGCUGUGGAAUAGAUCAAAUACAUGGAACGGUCCCCAGGAGAGGUUUGAGAACCACCCUCUACUGUCCCUCUAUGAUGCCCAGUCACAACAACUGCUGAAGCUAUACCCUCUGAUGCCGAUGAUGUCAUCACCAUGGGAAAAGCCCCCAUUCUAUAAUUGCAUUUCUAUGACCAGCCCAUUCUAGGAUUAUAUUUCUAUGAUAAACCCAUUCUAUGAUUCUAGUUCUAUGGUCAACCCAUUCUAGGAUUGUAUUUUUCUGGUCCCUCUUUUCUAGGAUUCUAUUUCUAUGGUCAACCCAUUCUAAGAUUCUAUCUCUAUGGUCAACCCAUUCUAGGAUUCUGUUUCUAUGGUCAGUCCAUCCCCUACUCUAGCUAGGGACCUCCAUGAUAUCUGUCACUCCUGGCCAUUCUCACAGACAUCACUCUGACCGUGACAUGUCACUCUGACCACAUCACUGUGUUUAUCUUUGAAAUAAACACAUCUUAGGAACCUCUGACCAUUUUUUUACACAUAGCCAUUAGCCGCAAAGAGAGAGGGAGAGAGAGGGAGAGAGAGACGUGAUGUGGUCCUAACCACGCCAGUUUGUCAUGGUUCUGCUGUACUGAGGUUCAGAAAGUGUGGCUUGUACUCUGUAUCUUUGAGGAUUAUACAGUAUAUCUGUUAUGUCAGACGCAGGAGUCUUGCAGGCGAUUACAUGCAGGUGUUUUGAAAAAGUUUUGCUUGUAUAAGAGCAGUUGGCUGUUUCUUAGGUAACAAGGAUCUUAGAAGGAUCAUGGCACAACUAUCUCCGUUAACGCCUGCUACCGAACCAAAGGGCUUCAUUACUUUUUCAGUGAUGAAGUGACGCACUCUGCCAAGCUUCAAAGUCAUAUUUAAUAACGGCCACUUUGAAAAUUAAUUCACAUUAUUGGAAACAGUGAGGAUCAUUUUCUACUCUCAUCGUCAGAGGGGAAGGAUGAUUCUCAAGAAGAGAUAAUCUUUAUGGAGGUAGAUUCAGAGACCCAGCCUAGCGGGAGAUACCCUACUCUUCACAUCGGGUGCCGCCAAAAUUGCACCCUAUCCCCUAUAUAGUGCACUACUUUUGAUCAGAGCCCAUAGGGCUCUCUCUGUCUCUCUCGCUCUCGCUCUCUCUCUCUCUGUCUCUCUCUCUUUCUGUCUCUCUCUCUCUCUGUCUCUCUCUCUUUCUGUCUCGCUCUCUCUCUCUCUGUCUCUCUCUCUCUCCGUCUCUCUCUCUCUCUCUCUGUCUCUCUCUCUCUCUCUCUCUCUCUCUCUCUCUCUGUCUCUCUCUCUCUGUCUCUCUCUCUCUCUCUCUCUCUGUCUCUCUCUCUCUCUCGGUCUCUCUCUGUCUCUCUGUCUCUCUCGGUCUCUUGCUCUCUCUCUCUCUCUCUCUCUCUCUCUCCUCUCUCUCUGUCUCUCUCUCUGUCUCUCUCGGUCUCUCUCUCGGUCUCUCUCGGUCUCUCUCUCUCUCUCUGUCUCUCUCUCUCCUAUCCCAGGAGUGUUAAUGUCCUCAUCCAGGCAGGGAGAAGAGAAAGGCAAGCCCUGGUCUUAUCUCCCCAUACAGCCGGUCUCCAUCCCUCCCUCCCCACUCCCACGUCACACCAUGGAAAAGUACACACCCCCACCACCCCCUCCAUCUAGCAGUAUAACGAUAUAGCACAGUAGUAGUAUGAGGAUAUAGCACUUAGUAGUAGUAUGAGGAAAUGGUGUUAAAAUAUGAUUUAUAUACACUAAUUAAGUAUGAAUGGAAGAAGAAAUGCCAGGGUGGCAGUGGCUGCUUGCUCUCUGUCUGCCCAGCCAUGAGAAGAUAGAAUCAAAGGGCACAUUUUAUUGUCGGACAUUAUUCAUUAUAAUCAGACAGGUUUUUUACAUGGGUGAUACAUUGGAGAUAAUAUAAGGCAAGUACUGGAAACAAUAGAACACUAUGAAAAAUCUGGGAAACCAGGCCUACUAUUCAUAGCAGACUUCGAAAAAAGGCAUUUUCUCUUUCAUUGAUAAAAUACGACUGGGGUUUAUAUAUAAAUGCCUGGAGCAUUUCAAUUUUGGACAAUCUCUUAUAAAUUGGGUUAAAAUCAUAUAUAGUAACCCUAGGUGUAAAAUAGUAAAUAAUGGCUACUUCUCAGAAAGUUUUAAACUGUCAAGAGGAGUGAAACAAGGUUGUCCACUAUUGGCUUAUCUAUUUAUUAUUGCCAUCGAGAUGUUAGCUAUUAAAAUCAGAUCCAACAAUAAUAUCAAGGAAUUAGAAAUCCAGGGCUUAAAAAAAAGGUGCCAUUGUACGCUGAUGAUUCAUGUUUUCUUUUAAAUCCACAACUUGAAUCUCUCCACAGCCUCAUAGAGGAUCUAGAUACAUUUUCUAACCUCUCUGGAUUACAACCAAAUUAUGAUAAAUGUACUAUAUUACAUAUUGAUCACUAAAAAAUAGAAUUUUUACAUUACCAUGUAGUUUACCAAUAAAAUGGUCUGAUGGUGAUGUGGAUAUACUCGGAAUACAUAUCCCAAAUGAAAUAAAUGAUCUCGCUCCAAUAAAUUUUAAUAGAAAGUUAGCAAAAAUAGAUAAGAUCUUGCUACCAUGGAAAGGUAAAUACCUGUCAAUUUGUGGAAAAAUCACCCUGAUUAACUCUUUAGUAUUAUCCCAGUUUACCUAUUUGCUUAUGGUCUUGCCUUACGAACAGUUUUUUUUAUUAUAUGAGAAAAUAAUAUUCAUUUUAUUUGGAACGGCAAGCCAGACAAAAUUAAACGAGCCUAUUUAUAUAAUGAAUAUGAAUUCGGAGGACAGAAAUAAUUAAAUAUUAAAGCAUUAGACCUAUCACUAAAAGCGUCAGUCAUACAAAAGUUAUACUUAAAUCCGAACUGGUUCUCUAGCAAAUUAGUAAGAUUGUCUCACCCAAUGUUCAAGAAUGGCCUUUUUCCCUUCAUUCAGAUUGCAACCUCUCACUUAUUUGAAAAGGAAAUAAUCUCCCAAAUAUCACUAUUUCUAAAACAAGCCAUAGAAAGUUGGUUGCAAUUUCAAUUUAAUCCUCCAGAAAUGACAGAACAAAUAAUGCAACAAAUAUUGUGGUUAAACUCAAAUAUACUAAUUGAUAAAAAAAACUUUUUGGGGACAAAAUGUUGAAAAAAGUAUAUUCUUUGUAAAUGAUAUCAUCGGUAGGACUGGUGGAGCUAUGUGGCACAUGCAGGUAACAAAAACAUAUGGAAAUGUCUGCUCUACCCAAAAUUACAACCAAAUAAUUGCAGCAUUACCGCAAAAAUGGAAAAGGAAAGUGGAAGGGGGAAAAGGUAAGGAACUUGUCUGUCGGCCUUGCAUUAAAGAACAUAAUUGGUUAAAGAAAAUUGUGAUAAAUAAAAAAGUAUACCAGUUUCAUUUAAGGACCAAAGGAUUGACAGCCAUCCCAUAUAGAUUGCAAAAUAGUUGGGAAGAGAUUUUUGACGCACCGAUUCCAUGGCAUAGUGUUUAUGAAUUGAUACGCAAAACGACGCCGGAUUCAAAACUUAUUGCUACCAAUAGAAUGUUAUUUAUAUGGGGGAUACAAUCUUCCCAGCUCUGCAGAUUUAGCUGCGAAGAGACAGAAUCAUUAGAUCAUUUGUUUUGGUACUGUCUAUUUGUAGCUUGUUUUUGGACACAGGUCCAGGAAUGGCUAAAGGAUUGCAAUAUUUACCUGGAGCUAACCCUGCAGAUAGCACUACUGGGUGAUCUGAAAAGUCAUAGUCAAUCGAUUAAUAAUAUAAUAAUACUUUUAGCAAAAAUGUUUAUUUUCAAUUUACGAUCUGUAGAAACAAUGAGAAUAGAAAGGUUCAGAACUUUUGUAAAACAUCACAGUACAGUUGAAAAAUAUAUGGCAAAUAGAAAUCCAAUAUGGAUGGUGUUAAGAGAUAGAUGGGAGGUGUUGAAUGGAGCUGAAGGAUGGGACUAAUAACAACAACUAAUAACAACAAGAUAACUAAUGUAAAGCAUACUGUGUCCAUAAUAAGUAUAUAGGUUAUAGGUUGAGAGCUUUUGUGAAAGAGCACAAUUAGAAAAAUAUGGCAUAUAGAAGCAAACCAGAUGGACAUCAUAAAAAUGAUCGGAGGAAGUUCAGGAGUAAAAACAAACAAAAUAUAAUGAUUGUAGAAUUUGACUGUGUCCAUUAAAUGUAUAUAGUAUGUAUGGGCUGGAAGUAGAGGCCUAAGCGUUGUUGUUCACUAGUUUACUCCAAUUGGGGAAGGGGUUGGAAAGUAAUGAAGGGAAAUAUAAUUUUAAAAAGGAUAUGUGUGUGUGUAUGAAUGUGUAUAUAUAUAUAUAUAUAUAUAUAUAUAUAUAUAUAUAUAUAUAUAUAUAUAUAUAUAUACAGUUGAAGUCGGAAGUUUACAUACACUUAGGUUGGAGCCAUUAAAACUCAUUUUUCAACCACUCCACAAAUGUCUUGUUAACAAACUAUAGUUUUGGCAAGUCGGUUAGGACAUCUACUUUGUGCAUGACACAAGGAAUUUUUCCAACAAUUGUUUACAGACAGAUUAUUUCACUUAUAAUUCACUGUAUCACAAUUCCAGUGGGUCAGAAGUUUACAUACACUAAGUUGACUGUGCCUUUAAACAGCUUGGACAAUUCCAGAAAAUUAUGUCAUGGCUUUAGAAGCUUCUGAUAGGCUAAUUGACAUCAUUUGAGUCAAUUGGAGGUGUAUCUGUGGAUCUAUUCCAAGGCCUACCUUCAAACACAGUGCCUUUUUGUUUGACAUCAUGGGAAAAUCAAAAGAAAUCAGCCAAGAAAAAUUGGAGACCUCCACAAGCCUGGUUCAUCCUUGGGAGCAAUUUCUGAAUGCCUGAAGGUGUUCAUCUGUACAAACAAUAGUACGCAAGUAUAAACACCAUGGGACCAUGCAGCCGUCAUACUGCUCAGGAAGGAGACUCGUUCUGUCUCCUAGAGAUUAACGUACUUUGGUGCGAAAAGUGCAAAUCAAUCCCAGAACCACUGCAAAGGACCUUGUGAAGAUGCUGGAUGAAACAGGUACAAAAGUAUCUAUAUCCACAGUAAAACGAGUCCUAUAUCCAAAACCACCAUAAAAAAGCCAGACUACAGUUUGCAACUGCACAUGGGAAAAAUAUUGUACUUUUUGGAGAAAUGUCCUCUGGUCUGAUGAAACAAAAAUAGAACUGUUUGGCUAUAAUGACCAUUGUUAUGUUUGGAGGAAAAAGGGGGUCGCUUGCAAGCUGAAGAACACCAUCCCAACCGUGAAGCACGGGGGUGGCAGCAUCAUGCUGUGGGGGUGCUUUGCUGCAGGAGAAACUGGUGCACUUCACAAAAUAGAUGGCAUCAUGAGGAAGGAAAAUGAUGUGGAUAUAUUGAAGCAACAUCUCAAGACAUCAGUCAGGAAGUUAAAGCUUGGUCGCAAAUGGGUCUUCCAAAUGGACAAUGACCCCAAGCAUACUUCCAAAGUUGUGGAAAAUGGCUUAAGGACAACAAAGUCAAGGUAUUGGAGUGGCCAUCACACAGCCCUGACCUCAAUCCUAUAGAAAAUGUGUGGGCAGAACUGAAAAAGCGUGUGCGAGCAAGGAGGCCUACAAACCUGACUCAGUUACACCAGCUCUGUCAGGAGGAAUGGGCCAAAAUUCACCCAACUUAUUGUGGGAAGCUUGUGGAAGGCUACCCGAAACGUUUGACCCAAGUUAAACUAUUUAAAGGCAAUGCUACCAAAUACUAAUUGAGUGUAUGUAAACUUUUGACCCACUGGGAAUGUGAUGAAAGAAAUAAAAGCUGAAAUAAAUCAUUCUCUCUACUAUUAUUCUGACAUUUCACAUUCUUAAAAUAAAGUGGUGAUCCUAAAUGACCUAAGACAGGGAAUUAUUACUAAGAUUAACUGUCAGGAAUUUUGAAAAACGGAGUUUAAAUGUAUUUGGCUAAGGUGUAUGUAAAGUUCCGACUUCAACUGUAUAUAUUUGCGACAAAAAAAACAUAUGGGGGAUUGGAAGUUAUGCAGACAAUUACAUUGAUGGAAGUUACAAUCGAUCUGAAAUAUUAAAGCUGAUUUAUCCCCUAAAUUUAAAAAAAAAAGAAUACAAAUAAAAUAUGCCAAUGACCAUCUGGAUGAUCCAGAGGAGGAAUGGGAGAAGGUCAUGUGGUCUGAUGAGACAAAAAUAGAGCUUUUUGGUCUAAACUCCACUCUAAACUCCACUCGCCGUGUUUGGAGGAAGAAGAAGGAUGAGUACAACCCCAAGAACACCAUCCCAACCGUGAAGCAUGGAUGUGGAAACAUCAUUCUUUGGGGAUGCUUUUCUGCAAAGGGGACCUGACGACUGCACCGUAUAGAGGGGAGGAUGGAUGGGGCCAUGUAUCGUGAGAUCUUGGCCAACAACCUCCUUCCCUCAGUAAGAGCAUUGAAGAUGGAUCGUGGCUGGGUCUUCCAGCAUGACAACGACCCGAAACACACAGCCAGGGCAACUAAGGAGUGGCUCCGUAAGAAGCAUCUCAAGGUUCUGGAGUGGCCUAGCCAGUCUCCAGACCUGAACCCAAUAGAAAAUCUUUGGAGGGAGCUGAAAGUCUGUAUUGCCAAGCGACAGCCCCGAAACCUGAAAGAUCUGGAGAAGGUCUGUAUGGAGGAGUGGGCCAAAAUCCCUGCUGCAGUGUGUGCAAACCUGGUCAAGACCUACAGGAAACGUAUAUGAUCUCUGUAAUUACAAACAAAGGUUUCUGUACCAAAUAUUAAGUUCUGCUUUUCUGAUGUAUCAAAUGCUUAUGUCAUGCAAUAAAAUGCAAAUUAAUUAUUUAAAUUUAGAUUCCGUCUCUCACAGUUGAAGUGUACCUAUGAUAAAAAUUACAGACCUCUACAUGCUUUGUAAGUAGGAAAACCUGCAAAAUCGGCAGUGUAUCAAAUACUUGUUCUCCCCACUGUAAGUGAGAGGGUAUCUUUGUUCUAGUUAGUUCGGAAUAGCAAGAGGCAAAGCCCUGUCCUGUUGUUAUAUCGAACCCGGUACCGACUAUUAAACAUUUGCAUGAACUAUUCACAAAGUGUCUAAGUAUAUUCUUAUAUCCUUAAUUACUUGAUACCCGAGAAAAUCAUCAUAACAUUAACGUUCUCAAAACAAUGUGAGAAUAUGAAUUAAAUAGAACCAUGAGGAAACCUGUCGGAAAGGUUAUGCUGAAGUACUGAAAUUCCCACAGAAAAACGUUGUUUCUUAACGUUCUCUGAAUUAUUUGAGAACAUUCCCAAUGUCAAACCAGUUGGAGAACGUUCAUAGAACAUUACCAAAAUCGUUCUGUUAAAGUAAUGAAAUACCAAGAAAAUAACAUUUUUUUUGUCAAGUUCCUUAAAUGUGCUGAGAAUGUUCCAAAACCAAGCAACUAUCCUGCACCGUUCCCAGAAAGUUGUGGAAAGGUUGUAUGCAAAAUAACCAUAGGCCAACCACGCUCUCACCAAGCUCUAAGAAACAUACGGUCCUCAAAACAUUGUGUGCUAGCUGGGUGAACUCCUUUAAAGCAGUUUGUUACAUGGCUGACUUAGAGAGCACUGACAGAUGGCUCCCAAUCUCAGCUUGCUGUUCACUCCAAGCAUGUCCACUCAUAACUACAUUUAACUAUUUUUGUAAUUAGCCUGUAUUCUGCCAUUUGUGUGAAGAAAUGGCAACACCCAGUGUCACACAAAUGACAUUGAUAUAGUACAAUAUGUGUAGGAUUACUCAUAGUGUGCAAUGUAAUAAUCAGUAACUAUACAUAGUCCUUUUCAAAAUAAUAAUUAAGUAUCACCAUAACCACCAACAGCUAUCACCUCUGCCCAAAAAUAUCCCCCCGCCUCCUGUAUUGUUAGUCAACAACACACACACACACACAAAAAAAAUACCCAAAGAUAAAAGAGCAUUGGUCGGUUAGUUCGAGCAUUGUUCCCUCCACAAACCUAAUCCCAGACCCUUUUGAUCAAAGAUGGAUGACAGUGGUCCACUGGCUUAGCUGAGUGACUGAGAAUCUCCUGCUGUUUGAUCUUCAAUGGGUUGGGGGGGGGGGGGGCAGUGACAGGUAAACACACACACACACAUACGCGCACACAGACACACACACACACACACACACACACACACACACACACUGUACAUACACACACUUCUCUUUCUCUCUGUGCAGGCUGCCACAGCACAUCAGUGUCUAUCUGACCCUCUCUGGGUUGCACAACUCAACUCAACUCCGGGCCAUCUCUGUAGACUGUGUAGAAUGCAACCAUCCAUCCCUGAGAAAGUAACCAGUCAACUCAACUCUGGUCCAGCUCUGUAAACUGUGUAGAAUGCAACCAUCCAUCCCUGAGAAAGUAACCAGUCAACUCAACUACGGGCCAUCUCUGUAGACUGUGUAGAAUGCAACCAUCCAUCCCUGAGAAAGUCGUAUUCACACACACAGUGCAGCCGUAGAAGAUGUCUUUGUGUUUGGAGUGUUUUGUUAUGUUUUGCGGUUCUGGGUAGCCAGUGAAUCAGUUCAGAAUUAGUGUAAACACAUCUAGUCACUUGCAGGUACAGGAUACAAAAAGUGAAGUCAUGAAUGAAAGACGGAUACCAGCCAGUGACUUUGCAAAAUAAUGUAAAAGAAAACAGAAUUAUUCAAUAGAGCUUUGAUGGUGCCCACAGCUAUUGGCAGAUGGUGAGAAUAAUAGCAGUCAGCUAUGGGCAGAUGGUGAGAAGAACAGCAGUCAGCUAUGGGCAGAUGGUGAGAAGAACAGCAGUCAGCUAUGGGCAGAUGGUGAGAAGAAUAGCAGUCAGCUAUGGGCAGAUGGUGAGAAGAACAGCAGUCAGCUAUGGACAGAUGGUGAGAAGAAUAGCAGUCAGCUAUGGGCAGAUGGUGAGAAGAACUGCAGUCAGCUAUGGGCAGAUGGUGAGAAGAAUAGCAGUCAGCUAUGGGCAGAUGGUGAGAAGAAUAGCAGUCAGCUAUGGGCAGAUGGUGAGAAGAAUAGCAGUCAGCUAUGGGCAGAUGGUGAGAAGAAUAGCAGUCAGCUAUGGGCAGAUGGUGUGAAGAAUAGAAGUCAGCUAUGGGCAGAUGGUGAGAAGAAUAGCAGUCAGCUAUGGGCAGAUGGUGAGUAGAAUAGCAGUCAGCUAUGGGCAGAUGGUGAGAAGAAUCGCAGUCAGCUAUGGGCAGAUGUGAGGAGAAUAGCAGUCAGCUAUGGGCAGAUGGUGAGAAGAAUAGCAGUCAGCUAUGGGCAGAUGGUGAGAAGAAUAGCAGUCAGCUAUGGGCAGGUGGUGAGAAGAAUAGCAGUCAGCUAUGGGCAGAUGGUGUGAAGAAUAGCAGUCAGCUAUGGGCAGAUGGUCAGAAUAAUAGCAGUCAGCUAUGGGCAGAUGGUGUGAAGAAUAGCAGUCAGCUAUGGGCAGAUGGUGAGAAGAAUAGCAGACAGCUAUGGGCAGAUGGUCAGAAGAAUAGCAGUCAGCUAUGGGCAGAUGGUGUGAAGAAUAGCAGUCAGCUAUGGUGAGAUGGUGAGAAGAAUAGCAGUCAGCUAUGGGCAGAUGGUGAGAAGAAUAGCAGUCAGCUAUGGGCAGAUGGUCAGAAGAAUAGCAGUCAGCUAUGGGCAGAUGGUGAGAAGAAUAGCAGUCAGCUAUGGGCAGAUGGUGAGAAGAAUAGCAGUCAGCUAUGGGCAGAUGGUAUGAAGAAUAGCAGUCAGCUAUGGGCAGAUGGUGAGAAGAAUAGCAGUCAGCUAUGGGCAGAUGGUGAGAAGAAUAGCAGUCAGCUAUGGGCAGAUGGUAUGAAGAAUAGCAGUCAGCUAUGGUGAGAUGGUGAGAAGAAUAGCAGUCAGCUAUGGGCAGAUGGUGAGAAGAAUAGCAGUCAGCUAUGGGCAGAUGGUCAGAAGAAUAGCAUUCAGCUAUGGGCAGGUGGUGAGAAGAAUAGCAGUCAGCUAUGGGCAGAUGGUGUGAAGAAUAGCAUUCAGCUAUGGACAGAUGGUGUGAAGAAUAGCAGUCAGCUAUGGGCAGAUGGUGAGAAGAAUAGCAUUCAGCUAUGGGCAGGUGAAUCAUAUCAGAAUGAUAAAAAGUGCAUCGCUCUCUUUCUUUCUCCUUUCCUCUGUCUCUUUCAUUUGUUCUCCCCCCCCUCUUCUCUUCUCCCACUCCUUCUCCCUCUCCCCCCCUCCCUCUCUCCCCCUCUUCUCUUCUCCCACUCCUCAUCCCUCUCCCCCCUCCCUCUCUCCCCCUCUUCUCUUCUCCCACUCCUCCUCCCUCUGCCCCCCCUCCCAGCCCACUCGUGUAAGCAGCCAGAGAGCCCGGCCCAUGUGGAGGUGAUUGGGAUGGAUCUACCAGGGUUUGGUUACACCCUCCUCUACACCUGCCAGGCUGGGUUCUUCCUGUCCGGGGGCUCGGAACACCGCGUCUGCAAGUCCGACGGUACCUGGACCGGGAAGAUGCCCAUUUGUCGAGGUACAGGACAGGAACAUGACAUUUCCAGUGUGUUUGUGUGUCUGUUUGGCUCCAGGGUGAAGAUCCCCCUAACUUUCCCCCAAUCCUAACCGUAGCCUUCGUGUGUGUGUGUGUGUGUGGGUGUGUGUGUGUGUGUGUGUGUGUGUGUGUGUGUGUGUGUGUGUGUGUGUGUGUAUAAUGGUAUAUGCUGAUUCGGUACAGUGGCUCUCUUGUGCCGCAGGCCAUGAUUGAAGCUGUACGAGCACACCGCACGUGCCACACACCACGGCCUAUGUGCAUCGCACAGCUUGCACGCAGCCACAGAUAACACCAACAGAAACCAUGUGGGAAUGCAGAACCACCCUGGCUGCUGCUACCCCAAUUGGUAUUCUAGUGUCUAUCAUGCCAUUGCAGUGGAACAGACUGGACAAAGAAUCCUGGCCCACACUGUAUACUCAUGAUGUAGAGGGCCACAGCCACAGAACACACUUGCGUAACCACAGCACAGAAACAACCUGCGUACCAAGCCAUCAGAACCACCCUACUGCGUAACCACGCUCCCCCCUCUCCAGCCCAACACACCCUCUGCGUACCACAGCCACAGAACACACCCUACUGCGUAACCACAGCCACAGAACACACCUACUGCGUAACCACAGCCACAGAACACCCUCCUGCGUACCCAGCCACAGAACACCCCUCUCUGCGUACCCACCACAGAACACACCCUACUGCAACCACAGCCACGAACACACCCUACUGGUAACCACAGCCACGAACACACCCUACUUGGUACAGAGCACAGAACAACCAUAUUGCGUAACCGCAGCCCGAACACACCUCCUACGCGUACCGCAGGCCACAGGAACACACCGCGUACCGCAAGAACACACGCUACUGGACCACAGCGCACAGAACCCAUUUGCGAAACGACAGCCACAGAACACAUCCAUUACUUGCGUAACCCGUCUGGAACACCAGGUAAACACAGCCACAGAACACACCCCAUGCGUAACCACGCCAGACCAUCCUACUGCGUACACAGCCCAUGGACACACCCUACUUGCGUAACCACAUGCCAGGAUCACACCCUACUGUGUCGUAACCACAGCAACGAAUCACACCCUAUGGUACCACAGCCAGAACACCUACUGCGUAACCCAGCCACAGAACACACCCUACUGCGUAACCACAGCCACAGAACACACCCUACUGCGUAACCACAGCCACAGAACACACCCUACUGCGUAACCACAGCCACAGAACACACCCUACUGCGUAACCACAGCCACAGAACACACCCUACUGCGUAACCACAGCCACAGAACACACCCUACUGCGUAACCACAGCCACAGAACACACCCUACUGCGUAACCACAGCCACAGAACACACCCUACUGCGUAACCACAGCCACAGAAACACACCCUACUGCGUAACCACAGCCACAGAACACACCCUACUGCGUAACCACAGCCACAGAACACACCCUACUGCGUAACCACAGCCACAGAACACACCCUACUGCGUAACCGCAGCCACAGAACACACCCUACUGCGUAACCGCAGCCACAGAACACACCCUACUGCAUAACCACAGCCACAGAACACACCCUACUGCGUAACCGCAGCCACAGAACACACCCUACUGCGUAACCACAGCCACAGAACACACACCCUACUGCGUAACCACAGCCACAGAACACACCCUACUGCGUAAUCACAGCCACAGUACACACCCUACUGCGUAACCACAGCCACAGAACACACCCUACUGCGUAACCGCAGCCACAGAACACACCAUACUGCGUAACCACAUGCAUGCUUAUUUCUGCUUUUUUUACUUAAUCUUGUUUUUUAAACCAAAUUCCUCUUAUACUUUUAUUACCAAAAACGUCAUGAGAGGAGAGCUUGCAAGUAAGCAUGACAUUUUACUACGUAGACUUCACUGUAUCCUGUGCAUAUGCGUGUGACAAAUCAACUUUGAUUUGAUUAGAUUUUCUGUAAUUAGCACAAGAUGCCGUGCUUUACUUUUACAUUCCAGAACACAACCGUAUGCAUUUUGUAGGCAUAUUACCCAGAUCGAGACAUUUAGAAAUUCCACAUACAGAACUCUAAAUGGAACUGAGAAUAUUCGACCCCAAGGAGUUAAGUUGCAUUAUCUCUUGACGUGUGGUGCUGAAGUACAUCAAUACAUGAUUAGAAGUCCCACAUGGGGAAGUUGACAUGACAUAAUGGGACUAAUGCUGUUUUUGUCUCCCAUAGCUGGGUCCAAACUCUCAGAGAAGCCCAUCAAGCCAGUGGCAGGGACACCCAGUCCCAAGCUGAACGGUGAGUGCCUGACUGAAGUGUCAUCACGACACACAGACCCACAUCAUAACAGUAGCACACACACACACACACCAUUACAGCAACAUCAAAAAGAGCAGUGUUCUGAUUACAUAAUAAAAUACUACUGUAAAGUGCAGCUGGCAAUCACAACAGAAUGAAUAUAAACAGCUUCAUCUGGCCUCGCAGGGGGCCGGCGCUUCGCUAAUAGCGCCUCAGAAGGACUGGUGUCCUUAAUGCAUUCUUGAGUGCCCCUCUUUAGGGACGAGAAGCUAAUGAAGAGUGGAAAGAGUGAGUUUGACGGUAAAACGUCCCGGCAGCACAGCCUGACAGUCUGACUCCCUCUCCCUUUCCCUCUCUCGCUCUCCCUCCUUCCUUCCUCUCUCUCUCUCUCUCUCUCUCUCUUCUACGGAGUAAUCUGUGGUGCAGUGAGAUAGCAGCCCAACCAUCCCCAAGUUUCCACUUGUAGAGGGACUAAGUUUUUCAAAAGCUUGGAGGUCAUUUACAAAGUUGAAUAUACUCUGAGGGUGAAAGCUCCGGGGCCAAGUGUCUGUGAACACUAGUAAUACUGUCUAUUUGAUCAAUCAUGAUGAAUCUUAUAGACUUACAAACAGUGGUUUAUUUGCUGGUGGAAUGUAAGGUGGCAGUAUUUUUCAAAUGCAGUAUGACUUAACCAAGAUCCUAUUUGUCUCUUUUCCUCUUAUUACUUAAAAUAUUUGUUCUGUUUUAUUAACGGGAUAGAUAGAAAUGAACAGGGAAGACAGUGUGAAGACCGGCGGGGCCGGGAUUCAAUCCCACGCAGGCAGGGGAUGGCAUGUGGGCUUAACAGCUUCCUCAACCUCAGGCACAACCAAGGCCCACUAAUAAUCCAUAUUGUCUAUGCUCUGUUUCAGUUCCUGAUGACGUCUUUGCUCCUAACUAUAUCUGGAAGGGUUCAUACAACUACAAGGGAAGAAAACAACCAAUGACUCUGAGUAUCACGAGCUUUAACGCCACCACGGGAAGGGUUAACGUCUCCUUGACCAAUAGCAACAUGGAACUUCUGCUUUCAGGUACGCCGUCUGCAUUUUACGCCAUAUUACACAGAGAGGAGACGCUAGGGAAGGUUCCUAGCCACUCCUUGAACACACACACAGAUUCACACACACAGAUUCACACACACACAGAUGAUUCACACACACACACACACAUAUUCAUACACACACACAGAUUCACACACAUAGAGCAUGUCAUCAUGUAGUCACUGGAGUAGAAUGCAGCCUGUGUUUCAGAUGCAGUGUUUCUCUCCCACAAUAUGCAUAUGACUAUAAAUGAGUGUUACUAAACAUAGCUGACAUUGUUUGAUUGGUAGGGCCUUAAUGUCAGACGGUAUCCAUUUACGACUGUAUCUACUUAGUGGGAAAUUCAAUUAUGUUGUUUACAGUGCCUUGCAAAAGUAUUCAUCCCCAUUGGCGUUUUUCUUAUUUUGUUGCAUUACAACCUGUAAUUUAAAUUGAUUUUUAUUUGGAUUUCAUGUAAUGAACAUACACAAAAUAGUCCAAAUUGGUGAAGUGAAAUGAAAAAAAUAACUUGUUUCAAAAAAUUCUAAACAAUAAAUAACGGAAAAGUGGUGCGUGCAUAUGUAUUCACCCCCUUUGCUAUGAAGCCCCUAAAUAAGAUCUGGUGCAACCAAUUACCUUCAGAGGUCACAUAAUUAGUUAAAUAAAGUCCACUUGUGUGCAACCUAAGUGUCACAUGAUCUGUCACAUGAUCUCAGUAUAUAUACACCUUGUUCUGAAAGGCCCCAGAGUCUGCAACACCACUAAGCAAGGGGCACCACCAAGCAAGCGGCACCAUGACGACCAAGGAGCUCUCCAAACAGGCCAGGGAGUUGUGGAGAGGUACAGAUCAGGGUUGGGCUAUAAAAAAAAUAUCAGAAACUUUGAACAUCCCACAGAGCACCAUUAAAUCCAUUAUAAAAAAAUGGAAAGAAUAUGGCACCACAACAAACCUGCCAAGAGAGGGCCGCCCACCAAAACUCAUGGACCAGGCAAGGAGGGCAUUAAUCAGAGAAGCAACAAAGAGACCUAAGAUAACCCUGAAGGAGCUGCAAAGCUCCACAGCGGAGAUUUAAGCCGUACACUCCACAGAGCUGGGCUUUACGGAAGAGUGGCCAGAAAAAAGCCAUUGCUUAAAGAAACAAAUAAGCAAACACGUUUGGUGUUCGCCAAAAGGCAUGUGGGAGACUCCCCAAACUAAUGGAAGAAGGUACUCUGGUCAGAUGAGACUAAAAUUGAGCUUUUUGGCUAUCAAGGAAAAUGCUAUGUCUGAGGCAAACCCAACACCUUUCAUCACCCGAGAACACCAUCCAUGUUUUUCAUUGGCAGGGACUGGGAAACUGGUCAGAAUUGAAGGAAUGACGGAUGGUGCUAAAUACAGGGAAAUUCUUGAGUGAAACCUGUUUCAGUCUUCCAGAGAUUUGAGAUUGGGACGGAGGUUCACCUUCCAGCUGGACAAUGACCCUAAGCAUACUGCUAAAGCAACACUUGAGUGGUUUAAGGGGAAACAUUUAAAUGUCUUGGAAUGGCCUAGUCAAAGCCCAGACCUCAAUCCAAUUGAGAAUCUGUGGUAUGACUUAAAGAUUGCUGUACACCAGCGGAACCCAUCCAACUUGAAGGAGCUGGAGCAGUUUUGCCUUGAAGAAUAGGCAAAGAUCCCAGUGGCUAGAUGUGCCAAGCUUAGACAUACCUCAAGAGACUUGCAGCUGUAAUUGCUGCAAAAGGUGGCUCUGCAAAGUAUUGACUUUGGGGGGGGUGAAUAGUUAUGCACGCUCAAGUUUUCAGUUUUUUUGUCUUAUUUCUUGUUUGUUUCACAACAAAAAAUAUUUUGCAUCUUCAAAGUGAUAGGCAUGUUGUGUAAAUCAAAUGAUACAAACCCCCCAAAAAAUCAAUUUUAAUUCCAGAUUGUAAGGCAACAAAAUAGGAAAAAUGCCAAGGGGGGUGAAUACUUUCGCAAGCCACGGUAUUUGCCUGUGUGGAGGACAUUUGCUAACAUUGAAAUGGGCAUUCAUGGUCUGUCUGAUCUGAGAAUAUGUUUUGAGUUGAUGUGUUUGGAUUUUGUAGUGUGCUGUAAUUUAUUUGAAAGCUAUGAUCUAUGACUCAUUUAUUUCCUAUUCAUUUUUGGGGGCUGUUUUCGCAUAGCCCCUGAAUAUAAUAUUUAUUCUGUCCCUUAAUGUACCUUCAUUAAUGUAGCCUAAUGGACGUGUAAAACCUAUCCCCCCCAUUUCUCUUAAAUGAAAUAUUAAUCCGAUCUGACAAAUCUUUCACGGAUUUACCAUAAUUAUCUGGAGAGACGACACCCCUUCCCCUCCUCCCCCCUCACUCCUUCCCCCUCACUCCUUCCCUCUCACUCCUUCCCCUCACUCCUUCCCCCUCACUUUUCCCUCACUUCUUCCCUCUCACUCCUCCUCUGCCACCCUCACUCCUCCCCUCUCACUUCUUCCCCAAUCCCCCCUCACUCCUUCGAACCCUCACUCCUUAUCCUCGUCCCCCCUCACUACGACCCUCUCACUCCUUCCCCAAUACCCCCCUCACUCCUUCGAACCCUCACUCCUUUGAACCCUCACUCCUGCUCCCCUCACUCCUUUUCCCCUCACUCCUUCCCUCCUCACUCCUACCCCCUCGUUUCUCUACAGCUGCCUUUAACCUAGCUGACGUGACUUACAUAAUCGAGUUACAUUUACAGUCAUUUAGCAGACACUCUUAUCCAGAGCCACUUACAGUAGUGAGUGCGUACAUUUUCAUAUUUGGACAUUGAAGUGCCCAGCAGCCGUCGCAAAUUAUGACAUAGAAAGGUGAAUGCGGCGCUAUUCACUCGCUCAUUGAGAAGAAAUGGCUGUGUCUGGGAGAUAUAGGAAUCACAAAGUAAUCAUAACGCUGAGGCGAGGGAGGCGGCCAUUUUGUGUUUUUAAUAACAGGGGGACCAUUAGCUUGUUAAUUGAACGUGUGUUAUUACUACCACUGACCAUCAGUCAGGCCCGGGGCCUCUGAUAGGCCUUAAUAUGGUGCUUCCUUUCUAUGCCUUCGGUUGUAGGAGGCUGUUAGAAAUAGACAGUGCGGUUGAUGAGUGGGUGUUCUGCUACAGUAAAUUGCUCCAUGAUUUGAAGAAAAUGUCUCUCAGUGUUUUAUAUCACCUGUUUUCCCACACACACACACAUACAGACGAAGUGUGGGGGUAGGAGAGGGAGAACAUCAUCAUGGGGUCAUUGUCUGUGAUUGUGUCCCCUGAGUACCACCAGUUACAGUGUGUCAGUGUUGUGACCUGGCCUCACGUCACCCCUCUUGUCCUCCUGUGUUGUGUUGUGUUGUGCUGCCAGGCAUCUAUAAGAGCCAGGAAGCACGGUUGAUGCUGCUCAUGUACCAUGUGAAAACAUUCACUCACACCACGCUGGGAAAGGUCAAGGAGGAGACGCUGGGAAAGGUCAAGGAGGAGACGUGGUCCAUGGACGGUUUUGUAAGUUUGACCGUUUUCGUACUUACAGGAGGGGUUUGUAGAAUUGAAACAUUUACAUGUUGGUCAUUUAGCAGCGCUUUUAUCCAGAACGACUUACAGAGAUCUUGCUAACCAUCGGAUGUGGUGUAUUAAUGUUGAAAUGGUCAUUUGUUAGACAUAUCAUACGUAUAUACAUCGUUAUUUCAUGUUUAUUACAAAAUAGACUCAAAUGUUCUCCUUGUUUUGUGUUUAGUAAAAAUGCAAUUCUGAAAAUAUGUAUUUGUCCUUUAAAAUUCUACCUCAUCGUGAAAAGUACCAUUCAAAAGGACGUGACUGACUAACUGACUGAUUGACUGAUUGAGAGUCAGACAGACUGACUGAUUGAUUGAUUGACUCACUGACUGACUGAUCAUAUCUGUCUCCCUGUAUUCCCCUAGGUGUCUGCAGAACCUGACGGUGCCACCUAUGUCUUUCAAGGCUUCAUACAGGGUAAAGACUACGGUCAGUUUGGACUGCAGAGGCUAGGUAAACAUCACCACAUAUCCAUUGUGUUUUUAUAUCAGCUUUCUCACUGUCAACAAUAUUGUGUCAUUUCAGUAUAUAGAAAUAAAAGAUGUAUGUCAGACAUAUUUGAUAUAGACCAAAAAUGUGAUUGUGAGAAUAUUCAUGUUGUCUCCUCUGUCUCCUCUCCCACACAGGUCUGAACAUGUCAGAGAGUAACAACUUGUCCAAUCCGCCUCACGGUACAAACAGUAGCUCUGUGGCCAUAGCAAUCCUUGUGCCUUUUUUCGCCCUGAUAUUUGCAGGCUUUGGGUUUUAUCUUUACAAACAGCGGUAA